UUAAUUUUUCUUCCUUGUUUGACUUAAUUUAUCUUUAUUUUUUAAAGAAAGUACCAAAAUCAAUAAUUUAUUAACUUUCAAGGGCAGUCCAAACCUCACUCCUUCUUAAUCGCAUUACGUGUCUCGCUCUAAGCUCCCAAUUAGCUGACAAAUUUCCCAACCUGAGCAUCUUCUCCUCCUCAUAUACUCAGAUACCCUCUCUCUCUCGUUUAUUGGGUUUAGAUUCCGUUGUUUCCAACCUCUCUCUUCCUCUUGUUUACAGAGCCUGAUGCCCCACUAACCCAGUAAGCUGUAGCUAUAAAGGGCUAAUUUUUGGUCUCUUCAAGCUUCACUUAUGGCUUCUUGGGUUCUUUUACCGGCUUCAUCCUUCACUGGAAAUCGUUUGGAAGUUGCUGGGUUCGCUUCCUCUUCUCGUUCUUUUGUCAAUUCGCUGAGGUCUCCUGGGUCCUUCUGUGUUCGCUCUUCAUUGGACACUAAUGUUUCUGACAUGAGUGUAAAUGCUCCAAAGGGGUUGUUUCCACCUGAACCCGAGCACUAUCGAGGCCCCAAGCUGAAAGUGGCUAUCAUUGGUGCUGGAUUGGCAGGGAUGUCAACAGCAGUUGAGCUUUUGGAUCAGGGCCACGAGGUGGAUAUAUACGAUUCAAGGUCAUUUAUAGGUGGAAAAGUAGGAUCUUUUGUUGAUAAACAUGGGAACCACAUUGAAAUGGGACUUCACGUUUUCUUCGGGUGCUAUAACAAUCUUUUCCGGUUAAUGAAAAAGGUUGGUGCAGAGAAAAAUCUACUUGUAAAGGAUCAUACUCACACGUUUGUGAACAAAGGGGGUGAAAUAGGUGAACUUGAUUUUCGGUUUCCGGUUGGGGCACCAUUACAUGGUAUUAAUGCAUUUUUGACUACAAAUCAGCUAAAGACAUAUGACAAAGCUAGAAAUGCUGUGGCUCUUGCCUUAAGUCCAGUUGUUAGGGCGCUUGUUGAUCCAGAUGGAGCCAUGAGGAACAUUCGAGAUUUGGAUAAUAUUAGCUUCUCUGAUUGGUUCUUGUCCAAAGGUGGUACGCGUACCAGUAUACAAAGAAUGUGGGAUCCUGUGGCAUAUGCACUUGGAUUUAUUGAUUGUGAUAACAUCAGUGCCCGUUGUAUGCUCACUAUAUUCUCAUUAUUUGCAACUAAGACAGAGGCUUCCUUGUUGCGCAUGCUCAAGGGCUCUCCAGAUGUUUACCUGAGUGGUCCAAUAAAAAAGUAUAUUACUGACAGAGGGGGCAGGUUUCAUCUUAGGUGGGGAUGUAGAGAGAUACUAUAUGAUAAAUCUGCUAAUGGAGAAAUCUACGUUAAAGGAUUAGCCCUAUCCAAGGCCACUAACAAGAAAAUAAUCAAAGCCGAUGCUUAUGUUGCAGCAUGUGAUGUCCCAGGAAUCAAGAGAUUACUUCCACAACAAUGGAGGGAAUCAGAAUUUUUCAAUAACAUUUAUGAGCUAGUAGGAGUUCCGGUUGUCACGGUGCAGCUUAGAUACAAUGGCUGGGUCACAGAGUUGCAAGAUCUAGAACGGUCAAGGCAACUAAAGAAAGCUGCGGGAUUGGAUAACCUUCUUUAUACUCCAGACGCAGAUUUCUCGUGUUUUGCAGACUUAGCACUUGCUUCUCCAGCUGACUACUACAUUGAGGGACAAGGUUCACUUCUCCAAUGUGUUCUGACGCCCGGCGAUCCUUACAUGCCCUUAACUAAUGAACAAAUCAUAGAAAGAGUGGCAAAACAGGUUUUAACUUUGUUCCCAUCAUCCCAAGGGUUAGAAAUUAUUUGGUCAUCAGUUGUCAAAAUUGGGCAAUCUCUUUACCGAGAGGGCCCUGGUAAAGAUCCAUUCAGACCUGAUCAGAAGACCCCUAUACAAAAUUUCUUCCUAGCAGGCUCGUAUACAAAACAGGAUUACAUAGACAGUAUGGAAGGAGCAACAUUGUCUGGCAGACAAGCUUCCGCGUACAUAUGUAACGCUGGUGAAGAAUUGGUCGCACUGCGGAAGAAGCUCUCCAUUGAUUUUGACGAUCUCCUUGAAGAAGCUUCCAACACUACUGACGAACUUAGUCUUGUUUAAAUCAUCAUAUGAGUGAUUAUUCAUUAACUUUGAGCAUUACGCCAAACCCACCCACCUCAUAUUGUCAAAGAUUAGGUGUGGUUAUAUGGCAACAGAGUUACAAUACAUUCGUUCAUCUUGUAUGUAUUAUUUUGUAACAUAGCAAAAAAAUGUAAGUUUUAGAGUCUCAUUCGAGUCAUGGAACCAUUCUAUGAUAUAUCCUUCUUAAUCAGAAGAUCAAAUAUAGUACAACAAAAUGCACACGCACCAGAUGUUAUUCAAAGACAAAUAACUUGUUUAUUCAUCCAAAAUACUCAUAAUAACUUGUUUAUUUAUUAUACAUUAUACAACAUCAGCUUCAUCAAAAUACUCAAAAACCCUUUAAAGAAACAAACUUUAAAACCCUUAAAAGAAACCAACUUAUACUUACAGACUUAUAGUAGCAUAUUUGGAUUGUUUUAUUUGGACCCGUUUUCAGAUUCUUUUUCAAUAGCUUUCUUUGCAGUCUCAAGAUCUUCAUCGAAGAACAUGUCCCAAUGGCCAUCCCACUUGAUGAAAAACUCAGUCUCUUCGUGAUACUGGACUCUAUGAACAUCCCCAGCAGGAGUGAACAAGUAAUCCCCAAUGGUCAGAUCAAACCUUUCCUUCUUUGUCAAAUUCCACACAGUCUUCUUUCCUUCGGUCACCACCAAAUCGUGCCCAAAGGUGUGGUGGUGAGCAGGCUCAACGCUCCCGGCUUUGAACCUCACUAUCGCCGAAGUAGGAGUUUCUCUUAAGAUCUUCAUCGACCCACCGGGUAUCAUGUCGAUCGGCCCAAGGACCCGACUCUUCACCAAAUUACAAAUAGAGCAAGUGGAAUCUUCAAUUUUAGGGAGUUCAGCACCGAUUUUUGGCAUCUCCGUCAGGGAAUUUUCAAAAAAAGUUUUAAUCUCCUCCGGCCAGGGCUCGUUCCCGGAGGCAGGGCACGGCGAUGCGAAGGGAGUCUUGAGCCACGUGUCAAGGAUUUCGAUAGCGGAUUCCGGAGAAGUCGACAUGCCGGAGACAGCUAGGACAUUGGAGUUGUUGAUUGAUCGGGCGUUAAGAGCCUCUGAAGGCGUGAGGCAAGUGGCGGCGAUAACGCCUGGGAACUUGUUGGCGAAGAUGGCGACGCCGACACCGGUGCCGCAUGCGAGAAGGCCACGAGUCUCGACAGCUUUGGAAUCAUCGGAGGACGCAGUAACGGCGGAGGAGAUACGGCGGCCGACGUCAGCGGCGACGGAGUAGUAGGAAGAAGUGCCGAGGUCCUCAACUUGGAUGUUGAGGGAUUGGAGGUGGGCGACCAAGACGUCCUUGAGGUCGCAGCCGAAGGAAUCGGCACCGGUGAUGAUCUUGAGGGUCUUGGCGGUGGAAUUGGCCAUAGGAGCGGCGUCGGAGGAGGUUGGAAACUUGGAAGUGAGGGAGUGAGUAGUGGUAGUGGUAGUGGU